AUGAGUUUAGCUACUCCAAAAUUGUCACCUGUUCUUCUCAAUACAAACAAUAAUAAUAAUAAUAAUAAUAAUAAAUCACGAACAUCAAAUGGAAAAGAUUCAAAAUUAAAUAAUAUUAAUAAAAGUGAAUCUAUUAACGAUUCAACAAGCAAACAAAUAACUAAACCUUUAUAUUAUAGUGACGAAUCUGAUGAUGAUGAUAAACCAUUGGCAAUAAAAGUAGCUAUUACUAAUGGUCGAUAUUCAAUGAGAGAUUCAAAUAAAACACCUACGAUUAAAAAAGAGGCUAAAGUUGAAUCAACACCAAUAAUAGAUUCUAGAAAAAGAUCUUUAAUAAAAAAUGAAGCAAGACCAGUUGUUAAACAAGAAGCUAAAUCUGAACUAACAUCAUUUAUUAUUAAAAAAGAAGAAACACCACCAAAACGUAAAAAUCUAAAUAUAGAUUCCGAUGAUGAUGAUCUUCCAUUGGCAAAGAAAGUUAAAAAUCAUUUAUCUACUAAAGAGAGAAAAUCAAAUUCUACAACAAGAAUUAUUAAAAAAGAAAAAAAGUCCGAUAUUAAACGAUCAUCAUUAACAACAAAUAUAAAAAAAGAAAAAUUAACACCAAAUUCAUCACCAAUCAAACAAACAAAUGGAAAACGUAAAAAGAAAGAAGAAGAAGAAGAUAUUUGGGAAUGGUGGAAAGAAGAAAAAUAUACAGAUGGUAGAAAAUGGACAACACUUGAACAUAAUGGUCCAUUAUUUCCACCACCAUAUGAACCAUUACCAAAUAAUAUUAAAUUUUUUUAUAAUGGUAUAGAAAUAAAAUUAAAAGAAGAAUCUGAAGAAAUAAUGACAUUUUAUGCUCGUAUGAUUGAUCAUGAUUAUACAAGAAAAGAUAUAUUUAAUAAUAAUUUUAUGUCAGAUUGGAGAAAAUCAAUGACACAAUCUGAACGUGAAUUAAUAAAAGAUAUUAAAAAAUGUAAUUUUACACAAGUUGCUAAUUAUUUUAAAGAACAAACAGAACAAAGAAAAUUAAUGAGUAAAGAAGAUAAAAAAAAAUUAAAAGAUGAUAAUGAAAUAAUUCGAAAACAAUAUGGAUUUUGUAUAUGGGAUAAACAUCGACAACCAGUUGGAAAUUAUAAAAUUGAACCACCAGGACUUUUUCGUGGUCGAGGUGAACAUCCCAAAAUGGGUUCUCUUAAAAAACGUAUUCAUCCAGAAGAUAUUAUUAUUAAUAUUGGUAAACAAUCACAAAUACCUAAACCACCUCAAGGACAUCAUUGGAAAGAAAUUCGACAUGAUAAUAAAGUUUCUUGGUUAGUUAUGUGGACGGAAAAUGUACGUGGAAAUAAUAAAUAUAUUAUGUUAAAUCCUUCAUCACGUGUUAAGGGUGAAAGAGAUUGGCAAAAAUAUGAAAAAGCUCGAAAACUUCAUAGAAUUAUUGAUAAAAUACGUGAAAAUUAUCAAAUUGAUUGGAAAAGUAAAGAAAUGCGUAUACGUCAACGUGCUGUUGCACUUUAUUUUAUUGAUAAACUUGCUCUCAGAGUUGGAAAUGAAAAAGAUGAAGAUGAAGCUGAUACUGUUGGUUGUUGUUCAUUACGUAUUGAACAUAUUCAAUUAUUUGAUAAUACUGACAAUAUUGGAGAGAAUAUUGUACAAUUUGAUUUUCUUGGCAAAGAUAGUAUCAGAUAUACAAAUAAAGUCAGUGUUGAAUCACGUGUAUAUAAAAAUUUAAAAUUAUUUAUGGAAAAUAAAAAUGGUGAUGAUGAAUUAUUUGAUCGUCUUACAACAUUUGGUCUUAAUCAAUAUUUAAGUGAAUUAAUGGAAGGUCUUACAGCAAAAGUCUUUCGAACGUAUAAUGCUUCAAAGACACUUCAAGAUGAACUUGAUUCAUUAACUGAUCCAAAUGGAUCUAUACCAGAAAAACUUCUUGCUUAUAAUCGUGCUAAUAGACAAGUUGCUUUACUUUGUAAUCAUCAACGUUCUGUACCAAAAACAUUUGAAAAAAGUAUGGAAACACUUAAAGCAAAGAUUGAUGCAAAAAAAAGUGAAAUAGAUGAACAAAAAAAUGAAUAUAAACGAUCAAAAAGUGAAUAUAAAAAUAGUAAAAGUCAAACAUCUCAAAAAAAAUUGGAACAAUCAGAAAAAAAAUUACAACGUUCAGAAGAAGCAUUAAGAAAACUUGAAGUACAAGCACUUGAUAGAGAAGAAAAUAAAGAUAUUGCACUUAGUACAUCUAAACUUAAUUAUCUUGAUCCACGUAUUAGUGUUUCAUGGUGUAAAAAAUGGGAUGUACCUAUUGAAAAAAUUUAUUCAAAAACUCAACGUGAUAAAUUUCGUUGGGCUAUUGAUAUGGCAACAUCUGAUUAUCAUUUUUAUAAUUAUGAAGGUGAAAUUAUUUUACGUAACGUUGAUGAUACAAAUAAUGAUGAAGACUGUGAUCAACAAAAUAAUUCAGAUGAAGAAUAA